AUGACGAAGUCUUUUCUGAAGGAUAUCUUAAUAGAUGAUUUUCGAGCAUCAAAGAAGAAGCGGGCUGCAGCUGAUGUCAAAGAUCUGCUCCAUCUGGAAUAUGGUGUUGAUCUCACGUAUAACCAGGCAUACCAUGAUUUUGUUUGGUAUAAAGAAUCAAUUGAACGUUAUAAUCCUGGAAGCGUCGUCAAGUUUGAGUAUGAUGGUGUAACGAAGCAGUUCCAAAGGUUUUUUGUUGCUUUCGAAGCUUCCAUUACUGGUUUCAAUAAUUACUGUCAUCCGAUGUUAUUUAUUGAUUGUACUUUUCUCACUGGGAAGUUUAAGGGCGGUCUUAUGGUUGCUUGCGGGAAAACUGGUAACCAAGAGAUCUAUCUAGUUGCAUUUGGAAUUGUUCCUUGCGAAAAUUGUGAGAGUUGGAAAUGGUUCUUAACCAAAUUGAAGGGUAUUAUCAGUGAAGAUCGUCCGAUGACCAUCAUAUCAAAUCGUGGAACUGGUCUUUUGAAGCAUGUCCCUGUGAUCUUUCCAAACGCUCACCAUUCCUACUGUUUGUACCACAUGAAAGGGAAAAUUCCUGUUCCAAAGGGAAAGAGUAGGCAAACUGCUGUGAAGUUGUUUGAAGAGUGCUACACUGCGUUAACAAAGGAUAAAUUUUAUGCUGCUGUAAAGAGUAUGAGCAAUCUGAAGCUGGAUUCAGUUAUUGAUUGGAUGGUAAAUAUUUCAUUCCAGAACUGGGCUGCUCAUGCAUUUCUAGGAGAAAGAUUUGGUGAGAACACAUCGAACAUUGCUGAGAGUUUUAACAGUGUGAUUAAGCAUGAUAAGCGGCUUCCAGCACUUGAGCUUAUCGAUUGUAUUCGUGCUAAGGUAAUGGAGCAGAACUACAAGAAGUUGGUGGAGUUUAGUAAGUGGACUGCAAAGCUUACUUAA